GCGGAUAUUAUAUUUGAAUCUAAACGUUCACCCCGUCAAUAAUAUCCAAAUGGCCUCGAAUCAGCUCCCUCAGCAUGACCAUCGGAGGCCAGCAAUGAUAUCAGAACUUGCAGCUCGCGCAUCGCAAAACGAUUGGAACGAGAAUGGCGCCUUCAAAUACUUCCUUCGCUUAGCAGAAAGGUACAGGAAGGAAGCUAAGGAGGCAGUGGCCAGAAACGACUUGGAAGAAGCUUUCGUGGCUUUUGCUCGGAGUGCUACUAUUGUGCUCGAGAUACUCCCGGUUCAUCGUGACUAUCUCACAUCCUUGAGCAAUGCGCAAAGGAAUAACUUGACUUUGAAUGGUCAAGAACUCCUUGAAAAUCUAGGACAUUUGAAGCGCAUCCUACUCGAGAGAUUUGAUGAUUGGCAAGCUCAACAUCCAGAUAGAGGCGAUACUCCUCCACCAACACUUGCACAGUUACAACAGGAACAGCAAAUGGAACAUGACAGAACUGUAGCGGAGGAGGCUAGGAGAUCGCAGCAAGAGGCAGAUCUUGUCCGCCGCGGACAGGUGGAGCAGCCUCGACACCCACCGCCUCCUCCCGAUCACGCUACGAAUUCGGCGGUUCCUUUCGCUCAAUCUGCACAGGGAAUAUCAUCUAUGGAAUUAAGUCAGCGAAAUCAACGACAGCAAGAGGAAAUGCAAUCUCGCAGUCAAGAAUUGAUGAGGCGCAAGCAGGAGGAGAAGCUGCGGACGCAUGCCUCAUCUCCUUCCAUUUCAUCUACCACAGGUACCUCCUCUGGCUCAUCCAUGACUAUGCCUACUCCGUCCAUUGCCGCAACUUCGUCUGCUCCUUCUCUUUCCUCUUCUGCAACUAUGUACCAUGCCGCAUCUAAGCAAUCAGCCGUGUCAUUUCAACCUCCGCCUGUGUCACACCCAAACAUGUAUAGGUCUAUAUCACAACAGGCACCAACUAUACUUCCACUUGAAAACCCCUCACGGUUUGAGGAUGACUCUACAGACUCGGAGCAGGAUAGUCGGACGGCAACUCAGCGCUACGCCACACCGACAAAAUCAACGCGCGGCUCAUAUCCACCACCUCUGACUACAAUGUCACCUCCGCCUCCAGAUCGAAUAGAAUACCCCAAAUUGAUGAAUGUCCACCAAAAGACACAAGGAUACAGACCUUCACAAGAUUCCAUGUUCACCCAGACCUGGAAUCGGGAUCAUUAUAGCUUAUCGGAUGCUUAUUCACAUCCACAACGCGAAAACUAUCAUCCCCUUCCUCGCCCCCCCUCUCAACCUCCAUAUACAGGUCCAAAUCAAUCUGCACCAGCACCACCUAUCCCAACAGAGACUAAACCGUCAUUGACUCCUUCGGGUGCCUCAGAAACUUCCAAUGGUCUCAAGAUCGUCCACCUUCCCAGAGAUUGCCUCAAUCGUUUCUUAACUAUUGCCAAGGUGAACACUGCACGCGACAGAGAAACGUGCGGGCUCCUGUUAGGCAAGGAUCGCGGAAGCAAGUUCGUCGUUACGACGCUCCUGAUUCCUAAGCAACACUCGACUAGCGAUACAUGUACUAUGGACGAGGAGGAGCUAAUACUGCAAGUCACAGAAGAAAGAGGGUUAAUCACGCUAGGAUGGAUUCAUACACAUCCCUCUCAGUCAUGUUUUAUGUCCUCUGUAGAUCUGCACACGCACUCUGCAUUCCAGCGUAUGCUGCCUGAAUCCUUCGCUGUCGUUUGUGCUCCAUCAUCGGUUCCAAACUUUGGAAUAUUCCGCCUGACAGAUCCUCCGGGGCUGGGUCUCAUCCUUGCGUGUAACGCCAAAGAGGCGUUCCAUCCGCAUCCUGAUGCGCCGAUAUAUACUGAUGCAGAGAGAGGACAUGUUCAAAUGAAGGAUAUCAGUCUAGAAAUUGUGGAUUUGCGGUAGUCAGCUGUGUGAAUUUGUUAAUCUUGCGCCUCACAUCUUCAAUCUGGCGUACCGUUCAACAUGUUUGUGAUCUCAACUAUCUCCUCCCUAUUUGCAUUGGUUUCGUCAAUCUGAAUCGGUAUGCUGCAUAUAAAUUGUAUUUAUUAUCUGCUGUUGUAUAUCCUCCAUCAAGUAUCAGCCGUAUGUAGCUUUAUCGCAUCGUAAAUGGUCUUCCGCGACAGUACUGAG